ACAAAACGAAACAAAAAAGUUUGUGUUGAUCAAAAGUCGCAAAGCCGUGCUUCCAGAUUCUGUGUACCAUAAAAUCUCUAACCAGUUCACGUUGAAAAUGAUCCGUCCGGAAGUGGUCCAGCAGCUGGACUGCCCAUUGUUUGGCCUCGCCACAUCGUGGAUCAUUACGCGCCAAGGAAACCCGGCCGAUUCGUUGGAGCAGGUGUGGCGUGAGUUCCGGCGGGAAACGUGGCCCUUUCCGACUGUUCGGCUGCUGAAGGAUGACCAGAAAGCGCGAAAGUUGCGUGAGCAAGCAAACGAAUUCUACCGGAAGAAUCCCACCGGGGAGAUGGAUCGGGUGCUCAGGAUGUACAACGAGGCGAUUUGCUGGGCGCGUGAGGGGGCCGAAGAAGCGGGGAUGGGGUUUGGCAAUAGGUCGGCGAUCUACUUCAAGAUGGGCAAGUAUGAACGAUGCUUGGCAAAUGUGGAACUGGCAAAGGCGAAUGGGUACCCCGAGGAGAAAAUGGAAAAAUUGGAGGAAAGGAAGAGGAAGUGCUUGGAUGCGUUGGAUGAGAAGAAGGAGAAAGUUGCCGGGGGAAAAGCUGAAGCAGAAGGUGUGAUGGGGAAUUUGCAACUGAUAGAAACGAAGGAAUGUGGAAGAAGCUUAACGUCGAAGAAGGAUCUGAGAGUGGGAGACAUUGCCGUGAUGGAGCAUCCUUCGCUGGUGGUGGUUGAACCGGAAGCUAUUUAUCGCCGUUGUAAUCACUGUGGAAGCAUGAACGAGCUGGAUUUGAUUGCGUGCCGGUCGUGUGUUUCGGCCAUGUUUUGCUCCGAGGAAUGUCAAGAGGACGCUUACAACAGAUAUCACAAGUACGAAUGUGCUGUGAUCGAGGAUUUAAAAAUUCUGUUUCGAGGACCGAAGCCCACUCGGAUGUUUCUGCUGACCUUGAGGUUGUUCUGGAUGGCCUUGGAUGUUCUGAUUGCAGACAGGGAAGGAUUCUUGAAGAAGUAUCAAGAAAAUCUAAAAUCGUACCGGGAUCCGUUGAAAGUUGAUUUAAGGAAAGAUUUACAUUUGCACGUUCUGGCAAGUGAUGAACCGGACACGAGCUCCGAUCUGACUGGAAAAGGUGUCACACAAUUCGUAACGGUGCUGAUGUACAAGGUGGCUGUGGAAGAAAACGAAGCAGUGCCUGUCGAAGUUCGCAAAGAUAACGACUGUCUACUACUGGGGAUUAUCUACAAGCUGGUUCUGCUGGCCAGGGGAAUUUGUGAUCAAAGCAAAGAUGAUUUGACCUGCUUCUAUCCGUUGCUGCAGAUGAUUAACCAUUCGUGCGCUCCCAAUGCCGAGCGGUUGGUUACCGCAGGUCUGCGCUCCACUAUCCUCGCCAAGCGACCAAUAAACACUGGAGAGCAAGUUACAAUUUGCUAUUUCCCCAACGGAAGCACCGACUACAAAGACAAGUCCAAACGGAAGGCACUCCACACGGAGUUUGAGUGCCGAUGUUUGGGAUGCACUCUGGACUAUCCAACACUGAGUGCCAUGGAAGAGAAUGCUGACUUGAGGGCUCAAUUGGACGGAAUCAAAUCACAAACGGGCGACGAGCGGCUGAAGCUGCUCGAAGACUUUCUACAACAGAACGAUGAUCAUUUCCCACAGAGGGAGCUGACCGAAGCGUGGAAUCUAUACAAGCAGGAGCGAUUGAAGGAUUUUUAAAGGCGAUUGGAAAUGGAUGAAGCUCAUCAUUUUUGCUGGAUCAAAGCGAUAAUUGAAACAUCUUAUUAUUUUUACAUACUGAACUUUUAACAUAUGUAAAACUUAGGUGUUGAUUUACAGAUUUCUUAAGCUCAAAAUGAGAUUAAACAUACAUUCAAGAAUGCAUCAAAACUCAUGACACAGAAGCAAAGUGAAUUAAACAUGAAAGUCAAAUAACAAAUAGGUGGUUAUCAUGUUGUUUUCUCUUUACACAAAUGUCGAAAAUCCAUGUGGGCAUGGUUUUUUUUUCACCCAGCAAAUGGUUUUCGGAUUGUUUCGGGAACAAUAACUAAGACCGUUUGAUUACAUCGAACCAGGUUUUGAAAUGCAUUUCAAUUUGUGAACGAAAAAAAAAAGAUUCAUAAAAACCUAGUUACUACAACCUAAAAAAAUAUCUAGCUUAUCAUAAAAAUGUAAAAAUGCCAACCAGUAGUGCUUCCGAGGAUUUGUUCUGACAGAACCGUAAUACAUCUCGAUUCAUAACGGAACCUGAUUGCAGCUCACUAAUAAAUGCUUUCUUGGUUUUGGAUUAUUUUCAAAUGAUUUAAAGUGAGUUACCAUUGUAAGUGUGCGGCUACAUGUGCACGCUAAGC